AUGGCCGGCGCGCAGCUCCCCGCCGUGCCCGCCGCCCGCUUCCCCGCGCGCGUCGCCGCGCUGCACGCUGACGGAGACAUUGGCUUCAGCCUGAAGGCUCCUGUGUUGCCCCGUGGCACCGCCAACGGCAGCGCGUGCUCGGCGGCGCGGCCCCCGCGCAUGGCCGGCGCGCAGCUCCCCGCCGUGCCCGCCGCCCGCUUCCCCGCGCGCGUCGCCGCGCUGCACGCUGACGGGGACAUUGGAUUCAGCAAGGAGUACGAGAUCGUAGUGGCGAGAUCGGCUGCACUGGGGCACACGAGCCACCACAGCCACCGUCCCGAGAACAGACUGAAAAAUAGAUAUUUGAAUAUUACUGCUUAUGACCACUCCCGCGUUUGCGUCUCGGCUGGCGGUCGCUGCGGUGCCGCCGGCUGCGUGGGCGCCGGCCGCGGCGCCGCCUGCGACUACGUCAACGCCAACUUCAUUGACGGCAUGCUGCGGCGGCGCCGCUACAUCGCGACUCAAGGACCAACACCAGCUACACUCGAUGCCUUCUGGCGCAUGAUCUGGCAACACCGCGUGCACACCAUCGUCAUGAUCACCAAUCUGGUGGAGCGAGGCAGGCGUAAAUGCGACAUGUACUGGCCGGGCAGCGGUCGUGGUAGUUCAGCAGAGUAUGGCGGUGUGCGCGUGACGUUGUUACACGAAGACGUGCGCGCAGCUUACACCGUGCGUCACAUGCGCGUGCGACUCGCCGCGGCUGAGGCGGACCAGCUUACACCGUGCGUCACAUGCGCGUGCGACUCGCCGCGGCUGAGGCGGACCAGCGGUCGCGGCAGCUCGGCUGAAUACGGCGGCGUGCGCGUGACGUUGUUACACGAAGACGUGCGCGCAGCUUACACCGUGCGUCACAUGCGCGUGCGACUCGCCGCGUCUGAGGCGGACCAGGCUAGCGACACCGGCAGUGGAUCAAGCGACGGCGGCUGGCGCUCCAUAGCGCAGUACCACUACACGGUGUGGCCGGACCACGGCACGCCGCGGCACCCGCUAGCUGUCUUACCUUUUGUCAGGGCCGCCGCCGCCGACCCCGGCACUGUGUUGGUGCAUUGCAGCGCGGGCGUCGGCCGCACUGGCACGUACAUAGUCCUCGACGCUCAGCUGAAUCAGCUGAAGCUCACUGGUACCCUAUCCCCUCUCGGCUUCCUCUGCCGCGCGCGAACGCAACGGAACCACCUCGUGCAAACCGAGGAGCAAUACGUCUUCGUCCACGACGCUUUACUAGAACACGUGCGUUCAGGAAACACAGAAGUCGAGUUCCCCAAAGCGAGGGAAUAUCUAGUCAAACUCUUAGAGCCCAUAUCCGAGGAGGAACUCGCCGUUUUGGACCUCAAUUCUAACAAGAAACAGAGCAUGAACGAUCUGACGAACGGUGUUGAGAACGGCGAUACGUCAAGCAUCAAGUCUAAUCAAGCGGAGUGUAGCGAGCAGGAUGUCAUUGAGAAUGGGAGUCAGGUGUCGAGCAGGAUAGACUUGGAUGAGGAUCAGAGCAAGUCGGAGGGGUCUAUGGGGGAUGUAACAGAGGAGGGGGAGGGGGAGACGAAAGAGGUUCUCGUGAAUGGGGAGGAAACGGAGGGAGUGUACGAUUUGGCGCCGCGGUCCACGGAUACUUAUAGUAAGAAGAUGAUGGCGUAUAAUAACAUGAAUGAAGAGGAGAAAGAGGAAAUUAGGAGGGUGAAUCGCGCCGAAAACUACGCACUUCUAGAGCGAAUGCGCUCGCUCGCAAACAGACAUCACACGUAUCAGGGCCCGCCGCCCGUCAACUUGCUGGAGAAACAAUUCCUGCUAAUAACAAGGUCGUGCGUGGAGCCGAGUGUUUGCGCGCGCGCCGCCCACAACGCAAGCAAAAACAGACCUUCUGGAGUAUUGCCCUCUGACGCCGCUCGGGUCAUGCUUGUACCCAAACCGGGAGUCGAAGGUAGUGAAUACGUCAACGCAUCGUGGGUGUGUGGCCGGCGACGGACGCGGGAGUACGCAGUGGCUCAGCAUCCCACCGCCGCGGCAGUGCCGGAUCUCUGGCGGCUGCUGUGGGACCACACGGCUCAACUGGUGCUCACGCUGUCGGACACGGAGAAUGACCCGGAAUGCGAAGUUUUCUGGCCAACGGAAGAAGAAAAAGAACUCUUUGUGGCCAACUUCAGAGCUAGUUUCGUGUCUAAGGACAUCUAUGUGGCGUACCGUAAGUUGGAAAGAAAAACGCCGGUAGAGACCCCGGUGGAACCAGAGACUAACGGAUAUAGGAGGCAGGAGAGCAGCGAUUGUGCGGACGAUGAGAGGCUCAUACCAGAAAACGGCUCGCCAGUCAACGACGCCGAACCCGCGUACAGAUUCGACAGAACCGAACUGAGACUGGAACGCCUCAGCAGCGGAAACAGGGACCUAUCUGCGCGGAAAUCCAUAGCCAACGGGGACCUAUUCUCCUCGCUGUCGGAAACGAAGAAAAACGGCCCCAAAUCGCCGAGAAGUCCGUCGAAAAUGUCGCUCAAAAACUUCAAGUUGAGUUCGCCCACGAAAUUCAAGUUUCCCGAUUGGGGGUCCCGGGCUUGCGGCUCGCCCCCCGAUGUAGCCCCUCCUCCCCCGCCCGUAGCCCCCGCUCUAACUGUCGAAGAAGAAGCCGAAUUACGGAGACCCUGUUACAUGUUCGAGAAAGUGGACCGAGUUCCUGACAGCAUACCUUCGGAUCGCGUGAUCGAGGUCACAAACGUCAGUGUGCACUCGUUGCAAGACGACUACCAACUCAGUGUUAAGUUUAUCAAGUGCAGUGGGUGGUUAGAUGGGGAUACCACGGAGUAUAAGGCGGGGAACCCUGAUGAGAAUGAGUUCGUGAGGGCUGUGAAAGAGGCCGCGAGUGAUUCUGAGAGGGAGGCGGCGGUGGACAGGCUCAUACAGCCUUAUAAAGACUCAUUUGGGCUUAUCGAGUUCGUCGCUGGUUGCCAGAUGGAGUACAAGAACGGUCCUGUCGUCGUUGUUGAUAAAUACGGCGGCAGCAAAGCCCUAAGCUUCUGCACGCUCAGCGCAGCGUGCGGCGGCGCCCGCGACCCGACCGCCAACGACCCGGGCGCCGAGUUCCGACCCGCCAGCGACCGCGCCGCCUCGCUCUACACGUGCGCCGCGCUCGCCGCCCACGCGCGCUGCCACGCCGGCCACGCGCCGCACGCGCUGCCUGCGCUGCUGGCGUCGUACUGCGCGCUGGCGCACUACGGCACGCUGCUGGCCGCGCCCGAGCACAGGUACUCCAGCGCAUCUCACCAAGUGUCACGGUAAUACACAGGUUGUAUCCGAAUUGAAUGAAUACUCAGACGCGUGCACACGCGAGCGGUUUUAGUUGUCGCCCUCAAAGUAGGACAGUAGGUAUUGACUCACCCGCGACGAAAUGCGUCAAAGUGACGCGCACGACGUGAAUUCGUGCGGGAAUUUCACGCACGGCCAUCCGUCAAGUUGACGCGCAGAGUGGUGUCCAAUACUCAAUGUAUAUUUAAUGUAUAUGACUUUUCAAGCUUAUUAUGAUACAUAAUUCGUUGUGAACAUCCCAAACCACCUACCAACGUGAAGUAAACACAGUUAAGUGCAAGCCUUUCGUAUUGUUGGCAACGCUUGUACGUGACUAGCAUUUAUUAUUUUAUAGACCAGUAAUUUUCAAUAAUGUGGCAAUCUGUAAUGCUCAAAUGUAUUAAAACAAUAAAAUUA